AAGUGUAUAUUGUAUCACGGCAUCCACUUUGAUGCCUUGCUCGUCCUUCCACAUAAGUUGAGGCGUCCCUUGAGGUCAAUUUAGGCGUUCCCUUUUUAUUUUCGUCCACAAACUUGUACCUUAUCUACAAACAGGAGUCAACAAGUGAUCAUUCCCUCGACCAUUUCCUUACCCAUCACCUUGCCCAUCCUCUUGUUGAUAUAACUACUUCCGAGACUAGAAUUUUGCCUCAAAGCUUGGUCAUUAUCGGUCUAUCUUUGUUCAUUCUAUACCAGUAGUACCCUUGAUAUUCAGUAUCUUCUCCUUUCAUCCUUUUGGUGUCAAGAUGACGGGAAAAUUCACCCUCAAAGAUCCAGUUCGUUGUGCUCACUAUGCUCGAUUCUUUCAGCAUCUUACAUUGACUGAGGCAAACAUCCUCUUUUGGUUUCUGUUUGUGUUCGUUCUCGUACUGAUGUGCAUAUCAUCUAUUCAACAUCACAAGUAAGCAUCCUUGGACACCAUGAUCUACUCAGAUUUUCCUCCCCACAUAUUCCUAACGUUUUUCUCCAACCCUAAACUUUUCCUCGUCCUAAUACAACUCAGGUCUAACAACUUAACGGCGGAACUUUCCAAAACGGGCUCCAGCACUCCUCGGCAAGCCCGCUGCCUCCGUCGUCGUCGCCUUCAUUACCUCUCCAUAGCAUCCCUCUGUUUCAUCCUCGCCCUAAUCUGUGUUGUUCUCGAAGUAUUCGCCGCCUUCAACAUCGAAUACUGUGAUGGUGAAGACCUCAUCCAGCUUUACUGGGGAUUCUGGUCAGUCCUCCAAGUCGGUUCUCUCAUCGCUAUUUUGGGGGUCAUGCUGCAAUUUUGGAUUGUACUUGGAAAUGUACAGACGCCAAGUUGGGCCGUGGCUUUAGGGACCCCGGUAUUGGUUUUUGCGGCACUGGGAUAUAUUUUCAGACAUAUUGGAAAGAGCUGCUGGCAAAAAGGCAACAAGGAGAGUGAGGAUGAGACGGAUGUUGAAAAAGGCAGUAGUGAUGAGAAUGAGGAUGCAGAGGGGAGUGCAAAGGAUGAGGAGAAGUCGGGCAGUUGGGCUGCGAGAUGGAUUACUUGGGCUCCUGAAGAUCAGCUGAUGAGGGAGAGAAGUGAGGAUGGCUUGGAUAGGGUGAGGACUAUGAGAUCAGGCGAUUGUUCGGAUAUGGACUUUGCUAGUAGGGCGUAAGUACUUUGCUUUCGUUUGGGGGUUGAAGUAGGAUGCAAAUUCUAAUGUGGAGCUACUAACAUUAAAUAGAACAACAAUAUACACACCGGGUCAACCUGGAGAUGUUAGAAGGACCUCGACAUAUUGAGCAAUGAAUCAUGAUGGUUGGCUCCGUUAGAUUAUGUUCGACGAUACGAUACACAUGUGCUCAAGUGCUGAGCUCAGGAUUGAGGAAGAAAUGGAUAGAUGAACGGACGAUCAAAUGGACACUGAAGCAAACAUGGAGUUUUACUAAAGCUGGGUUUAAG